AUGGUAACGGCGGUGGUGGAGUCCCCGCUGCGGCAACGGCAGAGGCAGAGGCUCCGGUCGCCGCUGGCCGGCGCCGGCGCCGGCAGCACCGCCGCCGGCGCCGCCGGGGACUUGGAGGUCCUGCUCCGGCGCCCCGCGAAGCGCGCCUCCGGGUCCGGCGGCGGGAUGCGAGGCCGGUGGGCGCCGCCUGAGAUCGAGAUCCCCACCAACGGCCUGAACGCCGCCGCCGGCAGCGGCGGCGGCGGGCGCGGGUACACCAGCCUGCGCGACAUCAUGUCGUCGCCCGCCGCCAAGGCGAACUCCCCAGACGAGGCACCCGCCGGCGCCGGCGCCGCGGUGGCCGGGGACGUGCACAUGAUCCGGCACCCGCUGGUGAAGCACGCGGCGUACGCGUACCUCCAGCUGACGCCGUCGGCGCGGGAGGAGGCCCGGAGGCGGAUGCUGCAGCGGAGGCGCGGCGGCCCGCUCUGCCGCCUCUUCCUCGGCUGCCUCGGCUUCCUCGGGGCGCUCUUCGGGCGGCAGUGA